GUCUCGCUGCGGGAUGGUCUUCAUGGACCCCAGGAACCUGCGGGACGCCCCCUACUGGCAGAAGUGGGUCAAAACCAGGGGCUCCAAGCAGCCGGAGCUGGACAGGUUGUUUGAGAAGUAUGUCCCCAAGUGCAUCGACACGAUCGUGGACGGAGUUGUGGAUGGCAAGCAGGAGGAGAAGCUCAAGACCAUCGUUCCCCAGACUGACUUAAACAUGGCUUACAGCUGUGCCGACACUGACGCUGUGGUGAAGGACGGCGAUGACGAUGAUGAAGAGUACGAUUCGGUAACGAAACUGACUGCGACCCAGAUAAGGGUGGCCACCGGUCUUCUGUGCCGGGGAUUCAGUGAUUUCAGUCUUCUUCAUCGCUUCCAGAACGAAGUCUACAACAUCCUGGAGGGCGCAGUGCUCCGGGGGCCUCUACACAAGUUUAUAAAAGAGUAACUUUGCAAAAGUUUCAAAAGUUCAUUUGGCAGCUUAAAAGGUUGGUUUUUGACCGUGUAACGGAAUAUGAAUAGAAACAUUUGAGAUUCAGUUUAUACGAAUUACAUUAAUUAAGUUCAGAUGCAGACUCACUUUGUUCUUUGCCAUUUAAAAAAUAAAUGAUGUUUAUUAUUUUAUUGAAGUUGUUAACAAAUAAUAUCACCUUGUUCAUUGACACAUGCUAGUGAAACAAAUGUGUGUUCACUUUUGUUCAUGCCAUUCAGUGAGUGCUGUUAUUUUCCAUUUGUGUGAGAAUAAAUAGACAGAAGCUGACAGUAGCUGAUGUUGCUAACUAACUUUCUAUGAUCUCAAAAUAUUGU